AUGGCAGACGUGCCUUGCGAGCAGAAUAGACUCGCGAUUGCGUUUUGCCAUCCAGAUCUUGGAUUAGGUGGAGCAGAGCGACUUGUUGUGGACGCAGCAUGCGAACUCGCAAGUCACGGAAACUCGGUGGAUGUUUUCACCGCGCAUCAUGACAGAAACAGGUGCUUCAGCGAAACAGUGGGAGGUCCCUUUUCUGUCACCGUGAGUGGGAGUUGGUUUCCCAGGAGCAUCGUCAACAGGUUGCAUGCCUUCUGUGCCUACGUGCGCUGUAUCCUCAUCGCGGCGUACAUUGCCUGGACAGCUUUCAGGCAGUAUGAUGUGGUUUUCGUGGAUCAAGUAUCUGCUGCUGUGCCAGUCCUGCGCCUGCUCACUAGCAGCAAGGUCCUCUUCUAUUGUCACUUUCCAGAUCAGCUGCUUGCAAAGCGACGCUCGCGGCUGCACUCAAUAUACCGCACAGUCCUAGACGCAGUUGAAGAAUCUACAACUGGGCAAGCUCAUCAGCUUCUGGUGAACAGGGUGUUCUUGGAGACCUUUGGACGUCUGAAGAAGCGGGGGUUGGUUCCAAGCGUGUUCUAUCCAGCCUUGAGCCUCGAUCCAGACUUGGUGCAUUUCCUGAAUGGAAAGCACGUCUUUCUUUCCAUCAAUCGCUUUGAGCGGAAAAAGAGUUUGGGCCUGGCGGUGCGCGCAUUUGGAGCCCUGCAGGGCAAAUGUGCAGAACAGGCCGAGGUGUCCCACAGCGUGCUUGUGCUUGCGGGCGGCUUUGACAAGCGCCUGGCAGAGAACCGGGAGCACUUUUGUGAACUGCAGGAGCUCGUCCAGCAGUUGGGGCUGCAAGAUAAGGUUAGACUUGUGGCCAGCUUCAGCGAUGCCCAGCGCAGCGCAUUGCUCGCCGUAGCGUGCGCUGUUCUGUACACGCCAGAGAAUGAGCACUUUGGCAUCGUGCCCCUGGAAGCGAUGGCGGCUGGGCGGCCGGUCGUGGCAUGCGACAGUGGUGGCCCGAAGGAGACUGUUGUGAAUGGCAUCACUGGCCACCUGUGCCCCCCACAGGCCACAGCCUUUGCUGCUGCAAUGGCUAGGCUGGCGGAUCCUGACACCUCAGCAGAAAUGGGCAAACAGGCUCGCCUGCAUGUGCAGAAAACGUUCUCACGUACUGCUUUUGGGAACAAGCUUAAUGGUGUCGUUCAGAGGCUAGCUAAAACGUGA